CCAUCAUGUAAGGAACGGAAAAGUCAAACAGUUGAAAAAUGUUUAUAUCAUGAUCGUGCACAAACAUUGGUUUUUAUUCAUUAGUGUUUUGUUAUUUGCAAUAAGUGUCGUUUACGAUUAUAAGUGGUUAAGUUUUAUCUCUAGUAUAGUUAUAAUAUUUUAUAGUGAAUAUAACCUUAAAAUCAAAGUUUUAACACAUUGCGCGGGCUGUUUUAGUUCAUUGUAUUCCAGAGUUCAAGGGUAUUUUAGAAAGUAUAUUAACUAUAGCACUCGUACAGGUGUUUAUUGUAGUACACCAGAAAUGCAGAAUCGUUACACCACUGGAAUAUUUAAAAAUGAUAGUAUGGUGUCUCCGAUUAGAAAAAAUGACCAGAGUGGCAUUUAUAAUGGAUCACCUUUGAACAGAUCUCAGGACCUUGGGGGUGGCUCACCUUUUAACAGACUAUCUAGGUAUUCAUUAUCUGAAAAUGUGGAUCGUUCACCUAUGAGCAGCACAAAAUUAAAUUCUUCAUUUGGAAGUCCACAGUUUCGAUCGAGAGCUGCUGGUGUAAAAACAAUGCAGACUGUGGCAGGACCACUGCUAGCUUCAACAAGACAUAGAAUAAAUCCAAGUUUGUAUACUGAUGUAAAUAGUCCAGGCUUAACGCAAAGAAUUGUACACUACAGUGAAAGUUUUCAAAAUGAAAGACCUACAAUAGAGCAGCGAUAUAAGGGUGUUGGACAGUUACCUAUAGUAAAUUUAAAUAGAAAUCAGCCUAGAAAACCUCCUGUAAAUAAAUCUUCUGUUAGGAUAAGAAUUGCACCUCCAGAUGUCUCGUCAGUAACAGAACAAAGACUACAUAUGCUAAACACAGAUCAGCAUCGGCCAAUAGUUCCUUCUCCGAUUCAGGAAUCAAUUGCAUCUCCUACAAAAAGUGUGCUUGAAGCACUAAAAGAAAUCAGUCGAAAAAGAAUUCACACCCAGGACGAUUCAGAAUAUAGCUUUUCAGAAGAUAUUUCCAAAAGACAAAGAAAGGAAUCGUUGACCAGAAAUAAUGUUAGUUCCACUCCAUUUGCAAGGCCUCCUAUAUCUAAACGACCCAGAGAUGACGAAUCGCAUGAUUUUGUUGACACUUCUGUAUUUAGUAGACUUUCGCCUAAUGAUAGCAGUUAUAAAAAUUGGAGGCCGAAAAAGAAACAGAGGAAUGAAGUGCUGAAGUGCAAUGAUAUUUUGAGCUCUCUGAGUUCAAGCAGGCAUCUUCAAAGAGAAAAUCACAAGAGAAAGGCUGAGCUAAGUCCUAGAGAAAACGCGAAACAUAUGAAACUCACAAUUCAUAAUGUUUCCAACAUCAGUAUAGGUGGAGAAGAUGACGACAAAGACAAUGUCGAAGCAUCUCCUUCUCCUAAUGUUACUAAUGUAAAAACUGCCACAAUCAUUGCCGUCAGUUCAGAAGAUACAGAAAAGCCAAAAGAAUCGCCGAAAGUGAAAAUGUUUAAUAAAAGUCACAAUAAAGAAAUAAUUUCACAUGCAGACAGCUCUGAUGAUGAAAAUGAUUUUGAGAAAAUGGCCUUUGUUAAGCCAAGAAAGGAAAUGUACAAUCAUACGGGAUUAAAUUAUACUGAGGAAUGUAAGUUGAAACAGAUGUUGAAUUGCUUGAGUGAAAAGGGCCUCGGGGAUAAACUGAAGUUAAAAAGACAAGAAACUGUAGAUAAUCCUAUUCCUAUUCCCAAACUUGUUAAUUUUACAUUGGAAAAGGAAAAUGAGUUAGUUAAUCAAAGCAGUUCUAUUAUUACUAAUGUAUUAAAACCAGGAAUAGAUAAUAAUGCAGCAAAGACAUCUGUUAGUAGUUUUGUGCCACCAACGACAACAUCAAAAAGCAAUGAUGAUGCUACUCCCAAAAGCACAAUAUCUAUGGUGCCACCAAAAAGCACAACCUUUACUAUGCCACCGAACAGUACUACUCUUUCUCCCGGUUUCACAUUGCCAGCUGCAUCAAAGCCUGCAGAGAAAUUCCAAACAGUUACAAGUACCUCAAAUUCUGCUUUAAAUAAUAAAAUUCAAGUGAGUGCCACAAGUACAAGUACUUUGCCAACUUUAACAAGUUCACCUACAUUUUCUUUUGGAAAGUCUAAUCCAAGUGCAAUAUCAUCUCCUUUAAACCAAACAUUGAAUUCCUCAUCAAAAGAUAUCAAUAGUGAAAAAUUAUUAGUAUCUACAUCCAAUAGUGCACCAACGAUCCUAAAUUCAAGUAUUCAAUCAAACAAAAUAGCUGUGAGUACACCAAUGUUCAAUUCUCCCACAACCACAACUCCAAAUUUGAACAAAACACCAAGUUUAUUUGGUAAUUUGAAUACAACAGCGUCCUUAACAGCAAGUACUACCAGUUUGAACUCUGAUCAAUUGAAAUCAAACUUUAAACCAACCAUUUUGCCAAAACAAGACUCUCCAUCAAUUAAUGGUGAGGUAAAGUCGAACACUGGUUUUACUCUACCAACACAGGUUAAACCAGUGGUAUCAUCAUCAGCACCGACAUUUAUUUUUGGAAACAGUACACCUCAGACUACAACUUCAUCCCAAACUGCUGCUCCACAAUUUAAUUUUGUAAAUAGUACAAGUACAAGUAAAUCUGGUAAUAAUACUCUUAGUGGAUUAUCUGCUAAUAAACAAGAAGCGUCAGUCACUUCAGCCUCAACUAAUAAUGCAACAUUUAAUUUUGGAUCUGCAACCAAUAAUGGUGGUGGUAGUGGUUCAAUUUUUGGAGCUAACAAAUCAACAGUGUUUGGUGCAGCAACAAGUAUUACAACCAGUGCUAGCUUUAAUGCGCCGAUAACAACUCCAGCCUUUGGUGCUACUAAGGCAGCUAUGAAUACAACUUUUGUUGCAACCACAGCAUCAAUUCCUGUUUCAAAUACACCAUCAAUAUUUGGAAAUACAGCGACCACCAAGCCCACUUUUGGAGCAUCAGUUACAACAGCAUCAUCUACUUUUGGAGCUUCAGUUACAACAGCAUCAUCCACUUUUGGAGCAUCAGUUACAACAGCAUCAUCCACUUUUGGAGCUUCAGUUACAACAGCUUCAUCUGCUUUUGGAGCAUCAGUUACAACAGCAUCUACUUUUGGAGCAGUUGCACCGGCUACAACCACAUCCUCUAUUUUUGGAGCAGUUGCAUCAAAAACAACAGCAUCAUCUACUUUUGGAGCAGUUGCAUCAGUUACAACAGCAUCAACUACUUUUGGAAUUUCUACUAAAACUUCAUCGGCUACUUUUGGCCCUUCUACUACAACUUCAUUAUCUACUUUUGCCAUUCCCACUACAACUGCAUCUACUUUUGGUAUCCCCACUACAACCUCAUCAGUUUUUGGUGCAGCAAAGUCACCAAUAUCAUUUGGUGCAACUGCAACUAAACCAAAUGCGACGUCACUGUUUGGUAAUGGUUUGCCAUCUACAACUUCAAAGCCUGGAGGUUUCAGUUUUGGAAAUAGCACUACAAAUGCUUCUCCUUUAGGAACAUUUGGUGCAAAUUCAGUCACUACAGCUACUUUUGGUGCUACAACAACAGCAGUAUCGUUUGGAACAGCGGCUUCUCCUCCUGUGUUUGGUGCCACGACCAAAGCGAGUGCGUUUGGAGGUGCAACUGCAGCACCUGCAUUCGGAACAGCGUCGGCUACACCAACAUUUGGGGCUACUACUUCAGCCUCUACAUUUGGUGCAACUUCAGCCACACCAGCAUUUGGGGCUACAUCUUCAACCCCUGCAUUUGGUGCAACGUCUGCUACCUCUUCUGCAUUUGGUAAUUCAACAGCUGCACCUGCUUUUGGUGCAAGCUCAGCAACAAAACCUGCUUUUGGCGUAUCCUCAACAGCUCCCAUUUUUGGUGGAGCUUCAAACCCUGGUUUUGGUGCAGCUACUCCAGCAUUUGGUUCAUCAUCAACAACGCCUGCUUUUGGAGCUGCACCAGCAGCAGCACCGCCUGCUUACGGGGCAACAACUACAAGUGCUCCUGCAUUUGGAACUGGCACAGCAACGGUUUCUUUUGGUGCCGGAUCUACAAAUACUGCAUUUAACAGUCCAAGUGCAAGUGGCAGUAUGUUUGGGGCUAAUAAUCAGCCAACAACAAAUCCUACUGAUAAAAGUGGUGUGUUUACUUUUGGAAGUAAUACCAAUAGUUCAACACCAUUUCAGUUUGGUGCUCAAAACACUGCUGGAAAGGGAUUUAAUUUCAAUGCUCCCGCUGUGACUCCUGCUUUUGGUGCAGGCACACCUUCUGUUGCCGCACCCAAUUUCAAUAGCACAAUAGCCAGUCCAAGUCCUGCAUUCGGGGUGCCUAAUCCAGGAUUUGGUGCAAAUCCAGCUGGUGGAACUAUGUUUAAUAUUGGAGCUGGAGGUGGAGCCAAGCCGAGAAUCCGGGCUCGAAGGCAAAGAUAAUGUAUAUAAAUCGAAACUAGUUUGUUGUAUUGUUUAUUGAUAUACUUGUAAACAGUAUGAUAAUUUAUAAUUGAAAUGACUCAGUUUGAGUUUGAUAUAUAAAAAUAUUUAUGUUAAUUUAGGAUAAGAAUAUGCGACGUUCGGCAUGACAUAGUAAUUUUUAUAUCCCCUAUAUUUGAACAAAUAUUUAUAUAGGCGUUAA